AUGGUGGGAGACGAUAACACCCAAGAUGAUGCUCGAUCCGAGAAGCCGGCGGCGGGGGGGACCGCCGGGGACCAGUCCGCUCCAAGUCGGGACAAGACUAAAGAGAGUGGGCCGAGCGACAGUCGAUCGGAGUCGGUGAUAGCCGUCGACGAAGACGACAGCGCUCCCUCGAAGCGUCGCGGCCUUCUGGCUAAGGCCGUAGCGGUUCUCAGCUGGAUGCCGCAACGCUGCCGCUACGACCCGGAGAACCCGCCCAGCUUCACCCUGUCGAUGAACAUCUUGCUGGCUUUCAGCACCGUCUUCACCAUCGCCAACCUCUACUACGCCCAGCCCAUCCUCAACGUCCUGGCCGAAGAGUUCGGCGUGGACUACGAGCGCGCCUCGGACAUCGCCACCUUGACUCAGGCCGGCUACGCCGUCGGCCUGGUCUUCGUGUGCCCCCUCGCCGACAUGGUCCCCCGGCGCCCCUUCAUCCUCUUUCUCAUCUGGGUCACAGCCACGAUGUGGAUUGGUUUAUGUCUCACGCGCAGCUUCGAGGUGUUUACCGCCCUGUCGUUCCUGUGUGGGGCUGGGACAGUAACGCCGCAGCUCAUGCUGCCCCUCGUCGGCGAUCUGGCCCCGCCUCACAGGCGCGCUAGCUCGCUCUCCAUCGUCGUGUCGGGACUGGCUCUUGGGCUGCUUAUCGCCCGAGUCCUGUCGGGCAUAGUCGCUAACUUCGCCUCGUGGAGAAAUGUCUACUGGCUGGCCUUAGGCGCGCAGUACCUGACACUGGCGCUGCUGUACUGCUACCUCCCCGACUACCCUACCAAGAACAAAGGCCUCAACUAUUUCAAGGCCCUAUGGGGGAUGGUCGUCAUGGUCGUCAGGGAGCCCCUCCUCACCCAGGCCUGCCUCAUAGGCUUCAUGCUCAGCGCCGCGUUCACCUCCUUCUGGACCACGCUGACUUUCCUCCUCGCGUCGCCUCCCUACAACUACUCCUCACUCGAGAUCGGCUGUUUCGCCUUCAUCGGCGUCGUCGUGGUCGCGCUCGCCCCCGUCUGGUCGCGCCUCAUCACCGACCGGUUCGUCUUCCUCUUCUCCGUCAUCGUCGGCCUCAUCUUCGAGCUCGUCGGCAUCACCAUCUCGACCUUCAUCGGGAGCUUCACCGUCGCCGGCCCCAUCAUCCACUCCAUCAUGAUGGACUCGGGCGCCAACUUCGUCCACACCGCCAACCGGAGCAACAUCUACACCCUCGAUCCGAAGGCGAGAAACCGGAUCAACACCGUGUACAUGGCCUUCGCCUUCGCCGGCCAGAUCACGGGGACGGCCGUGGGGAACCGACUGUACGCGCGCGGGGGCUGGGUCUGGAGCGGGAGCAGCAACAUCGCCUACAUCGGCGCGGCCAUCAUCAUCGGAAUCAUCCGGGGCCCGCGGGAGACGGGCUGGGUCGGAUGGUCUAACGGCUGGAAGAUCCGGAGAGACGACCACCCGAAAAACGAACAGGCCGCGACCUCCACCGAAACCGACGUCGAAGAAGCACUGGCGUCGCCAUUGCCAGAGCCAGGAGAAAGACCAAGAACGGACACCGGCGCGCCAAAAUGA